AUGCCAAAAUUCAAAAGAAAGAAUUUUUAUGCAGUUGUUAAAGGUUAUAAUUCUGGAUUAUAUAAUUCUUGGGACGAAUGCCAAAAACAAGUACAAGGUUUUCCCGGGUGCAUCUUCAAAGGAUUCGACAAGAAGGAAGAAGCCGAAACCUUUCUGAAUGAAAAUUUAAACCAAAAUACUGAUCGUGAUUAUGCCAUAAAUUCCAUUUUGAAACAGCAGACUCCUCAACAGCAAAAGCAACAACAUUUAUCACCACCACCAUCAUCCCCAGUACAACAAUCGAUACUUCCAUACGGUGAACAAUUCCUUCCUUCUGAACAACUAUGGCAGCGACAACAUCCAGGAGAUUAUCAUAGUCAAAAAACUCAACCUGUUCAAUACAGGCAAGAAAAUACAUCGAUUGAUCAUUCUACAUAUAGUAAUGAUAGACCCCAAGUUCGUGCUGAAAAUGCAGCAAUCCUGCAAGAAAAAAAUACUGCCAAUAACACUAAUCACACAGCAGUCGCCUCACACUUCAAUAAUAACACAAAAGUCGCAUCUCAUUAUCUCAAUAAGACGGGCGGGAGUGAUGUUGUUGCUCCUAAGGAAAGAUGGUCGGACGAAGAGGAUUGGGAACCGAUCUCAAAACAACGUGUAUUAAAAGUGAAAAAGGGUUUUAAUAAUGCUGAAAGUUCUAUUGUUCCACAAAAGAAUACUACAUUUCAAACAACCAAAUCAUUAAAUGUCGAUCAAUCGAAUGCUGAAUUUGAUCCUUACGGAGAAGAUGAGACUUCAAACAAAUGGUCUGACGAAGAGGACUGGGAUCCUACCAUAAAACAACAGAUCAUUGAAGCGAAAAAACAUCACGAUCCACAUCAUCUCAAUACAAUAGCGCAAUCUUCGUCUAUCGAUGACAUCGAACUGACAGGCGAACAAACUCAUGUAUUGAAUCUUGUAAUAAACAGUCAGGAGAGUAUAUUUUAUACUGGUUCAGCAGGGACCGGCAAAUCCAUUUUACUUCAAAGAAUAAUUAAAGAAGUUAAACGAUUACAUGGACCAGAAAGUAUUGCGGUGACUGCGCCAACGGGUAUCGCUGCAGUAAAUGUCGGCGGCAUGACAAUUCAUUCUUUUUCUGGGGUCGGAACUGGCGAUGAUAAAGUUGAAAAUUUAUUGAAAAAAAUUAAAAGACGGGCAACGGUCCAAGAUAGAUGGAAGGAAAUAAAAGUUUUAGUCAUCGACGAGGUAUCAAUGUUAGAUGGAGCUCUUUUUGAUAAGUUAGAGUUGAUUGCAAGAGAUCUACGUCAAAGUCAAAACCCAUUUGGUGGUAUUCAGGUUAUAAUAACGGGUGACUUUUAUCAACUUCCUCCGGUAUCGAAAGGUGGAGAAUAUAAAUUUUGUUUCCAAGCUAAUUCCUGGCAACGAGUUGUUAAGCAUUCACUACUACUGACGAGAAUCUUCCGACAAAAAGAUAACGAAUUAAUUAAUAUGUUGAACGAAAUGAGACAUGGUGGAAAUCUGUCAAAUCAAUCCAUGGCUCUUAUUAAAAGACUGCAAAUGACUCCGCAGUAUCCUCCUGACGGAAUUCUGCCGACUGAACUAUAUGCACGUAAUGAAUCUGUCAACAAAGCCAAUCAAUCUCACCUCGACAGAAUCCCAUAUAAGGCACAAGUAUAUCUAGCCGAAGAUUUUACAAUGCAAAGUGACUCGGUACAACUAGCAACCUUGAAAAAAAGCUGUCUAGCGUACGACCAUUUAGAAUUAAAACGCAACGCUCAGGUUAUGCUUAUAAAGAAUCUAAACAAAGACUUGGUAAAUGGGAGUCGUGGGAUUGUAAUCGGGUUUCAUGAUGCGCAGACUAAUUCACAUUAUUUCAAUGGAGAGGAAGAGAAAUUGCCUCCAGGUACAGCGGUGUAUCCAAUUGUACGAUUUACCAAUAAAAUUGAACAGGUGAUUGAUAAAGCAAUAUGGACACUGGAGGGUGUAGGUGGAAUCGAAUUGGCUAGGAGAAGACAGGUCCCAUUGGUUCUUGCGUGGGCCAUCAGUAUCCACAAAAGCCAAGGGCAGACCUUGGACAGAGUUAAAGUCGAUUUGGGCCGGGUCUUUGAAAAAGGCCAGGCCUACGUCGCUUUAUCUCGGGCCACUUCUGUCAAUUCGCUUCAAGUACUAAACUUCCGUAAAGAUCUUGUAAUGGCUCAUAAAAAGGUCGCGGAAUAUUACGCCUCUUUAACCACGUUCUCAUGA